AUGUUCGAAAAACAGAACAAAGAAGUCCUUAAUACAUUUCUUUUCAUCUCAGGCUUGAUCGUUUUUGUAUCAUUUGGAUCAUUUUACCUCUUCAGAUAUUUAAUUCCUAAAAUUUGGACUAACGUUAGUAGACCAGAUGCUGGAAAUUACGCUAUUGGUGUUUCAUGCGUUAUAACUCACAUAAUUGUUUUUGCCUUCAUUAUCUAUGCAAGAAAUUACGAUCUCAAGAAAGAAAAGGAAGAGAAGGAACUUGAGAAAGCUAAAAAGACUCAAUAA